CAACAGUAAGUUCAACUAUCUUGUUGUCUUUUACUGUAAAAAGGUGCAUAAAAUCCAUGAUCAAAAUGCAACGUGUCUGCUUGGCUGUAUUGGUAUUGACGUUUUCUCAACUCUGUCAAUCUCUGGAGGAAGGUGGGUUGCAACAGGGCAAAUUACAGAGUCUAAAUAUGGGUCGUCGUUCAUGGAGACACUCCAAAAUCAACAAGGAUUUCCAAACUGUUGUCGGGGAGUUUAACAAACAAGACGAUUGUUGGGACUCGGGACCAGACAAUGUGGACCUUUCCGUCAGUGAUGAACGCCAAUCAAUCGGCAUCAGAUUUAUAAUUGGAUAUCUUCUCCAUAAAAAUCCGUUCGUUGAAUAUGCCAUAAAGUCACUGUAUCGUCAAUGCGAUCAAAGACAAACCUUCGCUACCCUAGGACUUCAAAGCUCAUGUCCAUCAGAACAAUCUUUUCCCACAAAGGUUAAAUUUUUGGGAAAGAGAUGUUACGUCGUUCAACCCGAAAAACAGUGUGUAACAUAUGCCAAAUGUUCUGAAAAAUCACCGUGUCACAAUGGCUUUGAAACUGGAUCUGAAAUGAGCAAAUGUCUACAAGACAACUUCCGGACAUUUAACGUUUGGGUUUAUUGUGAAAGGUUUGGAUUCAGACUGAUACAACUUAAUCUUCCACAGUGCUGUUCCUGCAACAAAUUUUCUCUCUGUGUUGUUUCACCAACUACGCCUGGGGGAACAACGGGUCCAACGAUUCCUCAAAAUUAGAAGGAAUGAUUUCGACUUCAAUGAAAUUGUGAUGACCAUAACAGACAAAUCUGGAUUUAUCAACUUAUAUUCAGCUGAUCUUUUCUUCGACUCGUUAAAAAUAGUAUUGUUUCAUUCUAUGAAAUAAAAUUUGUUUCCAUUUAAAAAAUGAACUACUUAAGUUAUACGAGUACAAUGUAUAACCUGGGUUGGGACAGUUUAGGCUUCAUAAUCCGCGGAGUGGAUUAUAAAAAAGCGUAAAUUGCUCCAACCCAGGUUAUACGAGUAUAACUUGGGUAGAUAUUGAGUUCAUUUCUUAUAAUUUAAUUUUCUGUAAUUUACUGUAAAAAAUAAGUACGUUUUACUUUAAAAAAGAAUUAAUCUGUUCAAAAUUCAAAUGUAAGGUCAAGGAUAUUAGUCCGUUAUUGACGUUGAUGCGUUGUGGCGUGUCUUCUACUGUACAAACCAAGUCAUACAAAUUUAACUUAAUUUUCUAACCAAUAAAAUGCCGCGUUACAACCAGAACAAGAUUAUUUUGUUUUCUUUUAAGUCAUUUAUUAAGCAAUCAUGAGUGUUCUAUUAUGUAUCUAUUAUUAUAGAGUAAAUAUAAAAUAAUAUAAGGAUAAUGUUAUACAAUAUGAAUAGAAUAACGAAAUUUAGAAUUAAAAUACGUUAUGCUCAAUGGUAUACAAUUAGCAAACGAAAUUUGAAGAUACUUUUUUAACUCUUAGGGGGAAAGGGAGAAAACCGAAAAAUUAUGCAUAAAGCUCAAGGUUGGGAAACCUAAAUUCUUCAUUC